GCUAGCUAGCUAACUUCUUUGAAUGGCAAUACACUUUUGUUGCACGUAUCUCUCCGAUGAUCUCUAUCCAUCUCUACCCUAUUGCUAAUUUUCUUUCCAGGGUUGGUUUUAUUAGUUACAAAAGAGGCCAAGAAAGAGAUCGGCCGUGCUCAACUUGGCGUAGACGGCCUUUUGUAUGUGCUGCAUGUAUGCUAGCGAGCUAGCUGUAUUUAACAUCAAAUCUCUUGUAAUUAAUUAAUAAGUAGUACUGAAUCCUGAUCCUAGCUAGCUAGUUAGCUACCUACUAAUGGAUGUUGUGAAAAAGAGGGGGAAGAAAAAUCUGAUUGUUAAGACAUGGGAACGCUGCCAAUCAUUUGGAGCUCUCAACAAGAUCAAGCAGUCCUCCUCGCCAAGCCAUAGGAGCGACGUCUCAUCAUUGACAAGGAGCAAAUCACGGGACUGCAUCGCAAAGCCUAACUCCAAGAAUCAGUUCGAAAGCCGAAAAAAUAAGUCCAAAGCUGUUCCGGAAGGUUGCUUCGCGGUCUACGUUGGAGCCCAAAAGCAACGAUUUGUUGUCAAGACGAAGCUUGUUAAUCAUCCAUUGUUCAAGAUGCUGCUAGAUGAUGCUGAAUUGGAAUAUGGGUAUAAUAGUGAAGGUCCUAUAUUGCUUCCCUGUGAAGUUGAAUUAUUCUAUAAAGUGUUGGAGGAGAUGAAGUACAGCAGGCGGGAUGAGAUUUUCAGUCCUGUUCAAAACCUAAUUCCCAAGGUUUAUUGUCCAUUUCUACUUUGCAGUCCAGCUCGUCGUCCGAUUUAUUGUGAAAACAAGGAUACCGCUGGUACUCAUGCAUACAGCUAUAGGCGUCUAAAUCCUGGCCUGAAGAAUGCUAGCUGAUCAAGAUCAUGUAUCAGUUUUAACCAUGCCUACCUAUGGGCAUCUUUAAUUAACCCAACUCUUUAUACUUUCCCAAUUAAAGCUCCGGCUUUUUCUCUUGUAUGUAUGUGAAGAUGUUAUAUUAAUUUAUAUGGUAGAUUGUGAUAUUAAAUAUUAA